GUCCCUUCUAGCAAUUCUAGCCCCUUCAUCGGUUCUGUCUGCGUUGAAUCUUGCUCAUCCUUUAGCAUUUACAUUAUAAUUAACCCAAUCAAAAUGAAAUCGUUUAUUCUCGCUGUUUUUUCCAGCGCUGCCAUCGUCUCGGCGGGCCAUCUCAGCUACUCAGGUUCUAGUAGCGGUAGUCUGGCCUUUGGAACUAAUGCCGCUUCAGCCCUGUCUGUAAGUUCGGCUCCAGUGAUAGCUAAUGGCGGCCUCGACGUGCAAGUAACGCCCACCAUUCGGCAGGUAGGAGUCGCUAAAGUGGCUCGCGUCAAGUACGUGAAACAGCCCUUCAUCAACGUAAACUACGUUCAGCAGCCGGUAACUUCGUAUGUGACUCGUCCAGUCGAGUCGGUCUCGUACGCUUCGCGGCCUGUGGUAUUUUAUAGUGUUCAUCCGAUUCUGGUAGCAGGACGUGCCCCAAUAACGGCCUCAGCGAUUGCAACCUCUGCUAUUGCCGCCCCUGCGAUCACAGUGGCCCCUAUCGGUGUAAAUGGCUGGAAGAAGGCUUAAACGUACACAGGCGGUGGCGAAAUGCUAGUCUUAAAUAGAUAUGAUGAAUGUUUUUAAUUCAAUAUUCGCUGAGUAUUUCCCCGCGGUGUAUAAUACCUCGUUCGUACCUUAUAUUCAUUUUGUGGUGGGUAUGGACAAUUGUUCAAAUCAUGCAACAGUCAAAGUAAUCACUGAAAGUUCUCUAAGUUCGAUCGUGCUUGAAAGAAAUGGGGGAAAAUAAAUAAAUUAAUAUGCUUCUGGA